AAUUCAUACUGGAGAGAAACCCUACAGGUGUGAAGAAUGUGGUAAGUCCUUUAACUGCGCCUCACAUCUUAGAUGUCAUAAAAGGACUCAUACUAGAGAGAAACCCUACAGAUGUGAAGAAUGUGACAAGUGCUUUACUAUGGCCUCAUACCUUAGACGUCAUAAAAGUAUUCAUACUGGAGAGAAACCCUACAAAUGUGAAGAAUGUGACAAGUAUUUUACCAAAGCCUCAAAUCUUAGAUGCCACAAAAAUAUUCAUACUGGGAAGCAACCCUACAAAUGUGAAGAAUGUGGUAAGUCCUUUCACCACGCCUCACAUCUUAGAUGUCAUAAAAGGACUCACACUGGAGAGAAACCCUAUAGAUGUGAAGAAUGUGGCAAGUUCUUUACUGCACGCUCAUCACUUGAGACUCAUUAUAGAAUUCAUACUGGAGAGAAACCCUACAGGUGUGAAGCAUGUGACAGGGCCUUUACUUCUCUGUCACAUUUAAGGUUUCAUCAGAGAAUUCAUACUGGAGAGAAACCCUACAAAUAUGAAGAAUGUGGUAAGUCCUUUAACCACGCUUCACAUCUUAUAUGUCAUAAAAGGAAUCAUACUGGAGAGAAACCCUAAAAUGUGAAGAAUGUGGUAAGUCCUUUAACUGUGCCUCACAUCUAAGAUGUCAUAAAAGGACUCAUACUGGAGAGAAACCCUACAGAUGUGAAGAAUGUGACAAGUGCUUUACCAUGGCCUCAUGCCUUAGACGUCAUUAAAGUAUUCAUACUGGAGAGAAACCCUACAGAUGUGAAGAAUUUGGCAAGUUCUUUACUACGCGCUCAUCACUUGAGACUCAUUACAG